AACAUUGAAGACUGAAUGGAUUCUCCGAUCUCUCCUGUAUUUCAGGUCCCAAGAUCUCCAUCCAGUGAAGAGGUAAUGUUUCUUUCUGUCCAAGUGAAAGGAGCAACCCACGAAUUCAGAAGGCAGACCACAGUGCUGGUUAAAAACCAAGAGAGCCUGGUCUUUGUCCAGACAGACAAACCUAUCUACAAACCAGGACAGACAGUGAAGUUUCGUGUUGUCUCAUUGGAUGAAAAUUUUCACCCCCUGAAUGAGUUGAUUCCACUAGUAUCCAUUGAGGACCCCAAAGGAAAUCGCAUCGCACAAUGGCAGAAGGUCAAGUUAGAGAGUGGCCUCAAGCAAUUGGCCUUUCCCCUCUCAUCAGAGCCAUUUCUGGGCUCCUAUAAGGUGCUGGUACAGGAAGAAUCAGGUGAAACGGCAGAGCACCCCUUCACCGUGGAGGAAUUUGUGCUUCCCAAGUUUGAAGUGAAAGUAACAGUGCCAAAGAUAAUCACUAUCUCGGACGAAGAGGUGAAAGUGUCAGUGUGUGGCCUAUACACGUAUGGAAAGCCAGUCCCAGGACAUGUGACCAUGAGCAUGUGCAGAAAGUAUUAUAAUCCUUCUAACUGUUUUGGUGGAGAGUCACAAGCUCUCUGUGAGAAAUUAAGUCAGAAGCUAAACAGCCAGGGUUGCGUCUCUCAGCAAGUAAAAACCAAGGUCUUCCAGAUGAAGAGAGAAGGUUUGAAAAUGGAACUUGAAGUGGAAGCCAAGAUCAAAGAAGAAGGAACAGAGGUGGAGUUAACUGGAAGAGGGCUCAGUGAAAUAACAAGAACUAUCACCCAACUCUCAUUUGUGAAAGUGGACCCACACUUCAGACAAGGGGUCCCCUUCUUUGGACAGGUGGAGUAUUUUUCAGUUCACAAACCAAACUUUGCAUCAUCAUCUAAUAAGCACAGCAUAUUCUGCUAAAACUAUACCUGAUUA